AUGGCUGCCAAUUUCCCAUGGAUAUAUCCGGUUCGUGUGGCUCAGGCCAUCUUCGCAAUCAUCGUUCUAGGAUUGACGGGAUAUGCUGUCAGUUGGAUCCGCUGGAGCGAUACUAUCAAUUUCAUGCUCUUCAACAGCGCCUGGACGGCCUUCAUUGCGGUGCCCUAUCUGGCGUUGGCCCCCGUUUUCUUCCCGAGACUGGCUCAUCGCUUUGUGAUCCCUGCCGUUGAAGCUGUUACCAUGAUAUUCUGGUUUUCAGGCUUCGUCGCAUUGGGGGUCUGGCUUCCUCCUUCAGAAGCCUGCCAUUGGGGUCGGUGCCGCGCGUUGCAAGCAGCAACUGUAUUUGGGGCAUUUGAGUGGGCAUUGUUCCUUGCUACGACUGUUGUCGCAGUUCUGGGGGCUUUGCGAUCUGGUAACCACAGCACCAACAGUACGAAACCCGCCCCGCAUAACACCGUUCAUAGUGGAGUCUAA